AUGCCUUCUAUAUCUCCAAAUGUACUUGCAUCAUUGCAAUCUCAAACAAAGAAUAUUAGAAAUAUUUGUGUUUUGGCUCAUGUAGAUCAUGGCAAGACAACAUUAUCAGAUUGUUUAAUUUCAUCAAAUGGUAUUAUAUCACCACAGAUGGCAGGUAAAUUAAGAUACCUUGAUUUCUUGGAAGCAGAACAAGAACGUAUGAUUACAAUGAAGGCAAGUUCCAUUUCAUUGUUGUAUCAACAAUUACAAGAUGGUCAACCAUCCAACUAUUUGAUCAAUCUCAUAGAUUCACCGGGACAUGUAGAUUUCUCGUCAGAGGUGUCUACAGCCGUACGUAUUACAGAUGGUGCUUUGGUAUUGGUUGAUUGUAUCGAAGGUGUUUGUAUCCAGACACACGCCGUUCUCAGACAAGCCUACCAAGAAAAGGUUAGACCAUGUUUGGUCAUAAACAAGAUUGAUCGUCUUGUCACAGAGUUGAGUAUGACUCCACGAGAAGCAUACCAACACAUCAAAAAGGUGAUUGAACAAGUCAACGCCAUCACUGGAACACUAUUGUCAGAGGAAGUACUCCUCAAGGAAUUCUCAAUCAAUGAAAAAUUGGAUAUCAACAAGUCAUCAUCGGUUGAAUCGACUCAAGAAGAAGACGAUUCAGUUCAAGAUCUUGAAGAUCUAAAGGAAAUUGGUUCGGAUUAUUAUUUUUCACCUGAUAAAGGAAAUGUAGCCUUUACUACUGCUUUUGAUAGUUGGGGUUUUACAAUUAAACAAUUUGUUGAUCUUUGUCAUAAAAAGACUGGAAUUAAAAAAGAAAUAUUAUCAAAAACAUUAUGGGGAGAUUAUUAUUAUCAUCCAAAAGAAAAGAAAAUUUAUAAAUCGCCAAGAGGUAACCUUACACCAAUGUUUGUUACUUUUAUUUUAAAUUCAAUUUGGGAAGUUUAUAAAACUGUUUCAAAUGAUUAUAUUGAUAGAGAAAGAUUAGAUAAAAUUAUAGCAAUGUUGGGAUUAAAAGUACAUCAAAGAGAUUUGGCAUCAAAAGAACCAAAAAUUGUGUUGAGUGCAGUAUUACAAUCAUGGUUACCAUUGUCAGAUGCAGUUUUGGCAAUGGUAGUUGAAAAGCUACCAAAUCCAAUCGAUGGUCAGGCAUUGAGAAUGGACAAGAUUUUUAAACCAAUCGAUUCAAAGGUCUCGUCACCAGAGGAAGGUGAGAUUAAACAAAAGCAAAAGGAAAUGAUCGAACAAACCAAACAAUGUAAUCCUAGUCAUGAUAUCGAUGUGGUUUCCUAUGUCGCCAAGGUAUUUGUCAAUGGUGACAAGGGUGUAACUGCUGCUGUUCAUAGACCUGUUCCACCAAGACGUGUACAACCUUCUGCUGUUCCAAAACAACAACCAACUACUACUGAAGGAACUUCAUCAGAUUCAACCUCAACAACUACUACUACAACUACUACACCAACUCCUGCACCUGCACCAACACCAAUGAUUAGACAACCAUUGAUACUUAGACAACCAAUUCAACAACAAGAAAAAGAUACAGAUGAUUUUAUUGCAGUGGUUAGAGUAUUUAGUGGAACGUUGAGAAAAGGACAAAAGGUGUUUGUUAUGGGUCCAAGAUUCGACCCAAUGAAUCCAACACAUGACGUACAAGAGAUUGAAAUCACACGACUCUAUUUAUUGAUGGGUCGUAGUUUGGAGCCAAUUGACGAGGUUCCAGCUGGUAAUGUGUGUGGUGUUGGUGGUGGUAUUGGUAGUCUUGUGUUAAAGAGUGCCACUAUUUCAACCUCUCUCAAAUGUCCUUCGAUUGCAAACAUGAUGUUUGUGUCAUCACCAAUCGUAAAGGUUGCAGUCGAGCCAGAAAACAUUAGUGAUAUGCCAAAGUUGGUACAGGGUCUCAAGAUGCUCAAUCAGGCCGAUCCACUUGUCGAAGUGUAUGUACAGGAAUCUGGUGAACACGUUAUUGUGGCUAGUGGAGAGUUGCAUCUUGAGAGAUGUAUUAGCGAUCUCAAAGAUUCAUUUGCCAAGAUCAAUGUCAUUGUCUCUUCACCCAUCGUCCCAUUCAGAGAGACUAUUGUCGAAGUUGACCCUAUCAAGGGUGCAGCCUCGCCGCCACAAGCAGAGGUCAUUCGACAAAUGACAGCCAAUAGAAUGGUGCGAGUCUACAUCAAGGCUGUUCCAUUGCCCAAGAACAUUAGCAUCUUUUUGGAACAACACUCGACUGUCAUGCGUGACCUUUUCCUCGGUGGCAAGAACAAAGACAAGGAUAUUAACCAAGCAGACAAGCACAGCAAAAAGGAAGCUGCACAAGGCGACAGAGAAGAAUUCCAAAACCAACUCAAAGAAGAGUUUGUCAAGGCCGGUCCCAUCUGGGAGGCAGAGUACAAUCGUAUUUGGGCAUUUGGUCCAAAACACAUUGGUCCAAAUAUUCUAUUGAAUCAUAUUCCAAAUUAUUGUGAAUCUUUUUCAUCUUGGAAACCUGCUCAUCAAAGAGGUAUUCAAUCUUUAAAAAAAUCAAAACUUCAAAAUGAUAAUGAAAAUGAAACUGAUGAAACGACGGAAGAAAAAGAAGAAAUAGAGGAAAAAGAGGAAGAUGAAAAAUCACAAGCAAGUUCACAAAUUAUAAUAGAUCAAGAAGAUAAAUUUAGAAAGAUUUUGGAAUUGGAUAAUAGUAUAGUGAGUGGAUUCCAAUUGGCAACUUAUGCAGGACCACUUUGUGAAGAACCAAUGAUGGGGGUUUGUUUGGUGGUAGAGGAUAUUGAAUUUAUGGAAGGUGACUUUACCGACAAGUAUGGUCCCAUUUCAGGACAACUUAUCAGUACCAUCAAGGAUGCAUGUCGUUCGGCAUUCCAAGCCAAACCACAACGUCUCAUGGAAGCACUCUACUUGUGUGAAGUUCAAGUCAGUAGUAUUGCUCUUGGCAAGAUGUAUUCUGUACUAAGUGGUCGUCGUGCUCAAAUCAUCAAGGAAGGUAUGAAGGAAGGUACACCCAUUUUCUGUAUUCAAGCUCGUCUACCAGUUUCAGAAUCAUUUGGUUUCUCACAACAAACAAUGAUCAAGACAAGUGGUGCCGCAUCGACACAACUCUUUUUCGACAAUUAUUGGGAAAUCAUGGAACAAGAUCCAUUCUUUCAACUUUCCACCGAAGAGGAAUUGGAAGAUCAUGGUUCCAAUAUUGCAUCACUUGGUAAUAAUAUUCCUCGUCAAUUUGUUGAUAAAAUUAGAAAAAGAAAAGGUCUCUUUGUUGAAGAAAAAUUAGUUCAACAUGCUGAAAAACAAAGAACUCUAAGUAAAAAGAAUUAA